ACGUCACUGUUUCCAUUUUAUUUUCUACUUUAGUUAUUCUUUAGUUAUUGGCAAACUUAACUUAAAUUUUGUUGCAGGUUUAGUCAUCAGAUCUGCUACCAUCUUGUCAGUUGGACAAUACUCCAAAAGUACUUCCUCGUCAUUCACAGUGGACCGUAUGAAAUGACACUUUAUAUCCUCGUGUUUACACCUCAGUCGUCUGACAGGAAUCUUAGCUAGCUUUCACUUGUUUCAGUUGUAGCCCAUAUAUGGACUCCUCUAUAUGUGGACUCCUCUAGCUUGCACACCAAAUCUUUGUUUGUGUGAGAUUUUAUCUCGUAGCCCUCUGAGGUUGAUCUACUUAAAAAAGUCACCUCCUUCGAUAUAAAAGCUGAUGCGUGGAAGCAGUGAUUUGUUCCUCUUUCCUUUGAUUGCUGCUUGGACAACAAGAGACAACACAAAAAUGGCAGAGACUGAUUGUAAGACAAUUUCUUUUGUUCUGGUGGUGAAGAACAGCAUAACCGGAGCUCAACCAUUGAACUACGAUGCAUCUGUGGUUGAGAGAGGGAUUCUACUUGGUGGACUAAAGAGACUCAUGGAUACCAACCCAAAUUUUAAGUUCACCUACACAGAGAAUCCAGACUUCGGCCCAUACCUGGAGAGUGUGAACGGUGUGGCUGGAAAUCUUGCAGAGCAUACCUACUGGGAGCUGCUGUCCCAGAAAGAAGGUGGCAAAGUUAUACCACUGGAUGUUGGUAUUGGAUGUUACAUUCCCAGCAAGAAUGAGAAAAUCAUCCUGAAUUUUACAAAGUGGUCUGAGUCAGCUGAUGGAAAAAAACCCAUAGCACAUCGUAUGUCAUAGAUGAAGAACACAAGGCAUUGGUUGUUGAGUAAUGAUAACAUCUGAAUAAAAUGUUCUGGGGAAGGUUUUGUUCCACAAGAGGAAUACAGUGUUUCACAGCAUUACUAUAAUGGAAACGGCUGAUAUUAUUGUGAUUUGAAAGUACGCUGGACACUUUUUUCUUGGUGUAUUAAAGAUACUUACAUUGA